UGUCUUUUUUUCCAAAACAAAUGUCAUAGUCACAAUGCGAGAAAAUAAGUGCUAAAGAUCGGUUCGUUUUCUCAUAAAAUGGAAAAUCCUCUAACCAAAAGUGAGGAGAAGAAGUUCGGGUACCCCAAAGUACGAGAUUCGGACGUUAAAAAUGAAAAACCAAAAGUUGAAGUUAGGCGCUUGCAGUACGACCCUAACCCUAAGGUCGGGGACUGGAAAAAGACGUGCUCGCCCAGCUGUUGCCCCUCGUUAUCGGGCGAAGAACGCCUGAUAAUGGCCCCACCACCGUACUCCGAUCUCGGCAAGAAGGCCAAAGAUGUGUUCGGGAAGGGCUACCACUUCGGGCUCAUCAAGCUGGAUUGCAAGACGAAGACUGGCUCAGGGGUGGAGUUCAACACUGGGGGUGUGUCUAACCAGGAGUCGGGGAAGGUUUUCGGGUCGUUGGAGACCAAAUAUAAGGUUAAAGAGUACGGUUUGACGUUCUCCGAAAAGUGGAACACGGAUAAUACUCUGGCUACGGAAGUUGCGAUCCAGGAUCAGCUCCUCAAAGGCUUGAAGUUGUCCUCAGAUCUGACCUUUUCGCCACAGACUGGGAGCAAGUCAGCUCGCGUCAAAACCGCGUUUACCAACGAUAGGGUGGCCCUCAACUGCGACGUUGAUUUGGACUCCAGUGGGCCCUUGAUCCAGGCGGCUGCCGUCGUGGGGCACCAAGGCUGGCUGGCGGGUUACCAAACGGCUUUCGACACCCAAAAGUCCAAACUCACCAAAAACAACUUCGCCCUAGGUUUCUCCACUGGAGACUUCAUUCUCCACACUAAUGUUGAUCACAGCGAUGACGGCCAGGAGUUCGGAGGGUCCAUUUAUCAGAAGUUGUCCCCAAAGUUGGAGACCGGCAUCCAGUUGGCGUGGUCUGCUGGCAGCAACAACACCAAGUUCGGAAUAGGGGCUAAAUACGACUUGGAUCAAGACGCCGCGAUUCGCGCCAAGGUCAACAAUUCCAGUCAGAUCGGUUUGGGGUAUCAGCAGCGUUUGCGUGAAGGUGUGACUCUAACUUUGUCGGCCCUCAUUGACGGCAAGAACUUCAAUAACGGCGGCCACAAGAUCGGUCUGGCCGUUGAGUUAGAGGCUUAAUCAGAGAUUCGUCAGUUCCAAAUUGUAUUAGAACCAAGACACGUUUCAGCCUGCUGUAUUGUAGAUAUUUUAAUUGUUCUAUGGGACUUUUUAGUAUUAAAACAUAUACAUGAAUA